CAUCUUUAUUGUUCAUUCAUCACGACCCAUCUGGACGGUGCUAAAUCUACUUCGACAAGUUUAAGGCAGAAUCAGAUACUGGCUCCACCUUUGCCACGUAUGAUCUGGUCUCAAUAUAAGAUCUUCCUUCAUAAUUAAUCAAUGGUGUUCCAAAGCAAUUUCAGCCCACCAGUCCUUAAUACUUCCAAAGGCCAAACCAUUUGCCCGUUUCUAUCGUCAGUUCCUGAUUGAUUGAGAAGUGAAAACAUGGGUCGUUUAUGGACGUUACUUACUCAUGUUCAUGCAUUUUCUGGGCCUGUCUUAAUGUUGCUAUACCCCUUAUAUGCAUCAGUGAUGGCCAUAGAGAGCCCCUCCAAAUUGGACGAUGAACAGUGGCUGGCUUAUUGGAUCAUCUAUUCUUUUCUUACUCUGGCAGAGAUGGUCCUCCAAGCCAUCUUACAAUGGAUUCCUUUGUGGUACACAAUGAAGCUAGUGUUGGUGGCAUGGCUAGUUCUACCACAGUUCAGAGGGGCAGCUUUCAUAUAUGAAAGAUAUGUGAGGGAAAAUGUAAAGAAAUAUACAGAGGGGAGAGUACAUCCUCGUCAUUCUCAUCACAGAUAAGAUCCCCCCAACGGCACUGCCAUUGCCAAGCCCAAAGAAGGAAAAGCAUGCAGAGCCUUACUGAUAAUGAGGAACACAAAUUAAGUGAAGACGUUUGGAAGGCCUGUGUGGAUACGAUCAUACGAAUACACUUAUGCUUUAUUUUCUUAUUUGGUUGGUUGAAUUUCUCUUCUUUUUAGUUAUGAGUUAGUGUACAAGUAUUACUGAUCAAUAAAAAUUUCAGUUUUUAAGGA